GGUGAAGCGGGGUGGCGCGCGGCGACUUUGUCGGUGGCCUAGCGGGAGGUGUUUUGCGGGAGCGUGGUCGUCAUGUCUGGUCGUGGCAAGCAAGGAGGCAAGGCCCGCGCCAAGGCCAAGUCGCGGUCGUCUCGCGCCGGCCUGCAGUUCCCGGUGGGCCGAGUGCACCGGCUGCUGCGCAAGGGCAACUACGCCGAGCGGGUGGGGGCCGGCGCGCCGGUGUACAUGGCGGCGGUGCUGGAGUACCUGACGGCGGAGAUCCUGGAGCUGGCGGGGAACGCGGCCCGAGACAACAAGAAGACGCGCAUCAUCCCGCGCCACCUCCAGCUGGCCAUCCGCAACGACGAGGAGCUCAACAAGCUGUUGGGCAAAGUCACCAUCGCCCAGGGCGGCGUCCUGCCCAACAUCCAGGCCGUGUUGCUCCCCAAGAAGACGGAGAGCCACCACAAGGCAAAGGGCAAGUGAGGCCGGCCAGCCCAGCCAGCCCUGGUGUGGAAGAGGACACCUGUGAAAUCAAAGGCUCUUUUAAGAGCCACCCACUCUCUCAAGUAAAAGAGUUGUUACAGUA